AUGCUCACCAGGCGCUCCACCGUACCUUGUUCCGCAUGUUCAUUCAGUCCUGAACGACAGAGGUGCUGCAACUACGAGAGCCACGUCAAGCUCUUCUACGAGGCUGGGGAUCGCGGUGUUUGGGCUUUGGGCUCUCAACUGAUACUGAAGGAUCGUGGCCCAAGUUGUCCAACCGAUGAAAAUGCAAACCUCUGCUUUGUAAAGAAGAACACCACUAUUCCUAUUCCUACCGUGAUCGCGCAUCAUGAGGAAGGUGACGGUCACGCUCUGACUAUCAUGACUCGCAUACCUGGAGAAAACCUUAGUGAGGCUUGGUCUAAGCUAACCGACGACCAGAAAGACAACAUCGCGAAGGAGACUGCCGAGUAUCUCCUCCAGCUCCGCUCUCUCCAAUCAGAUCGUCUCGAAUGUCUCGACGGCCGUCCGGUAUUCAAUAAAUAUCGCCGCGGGGAAGAUAACUGUGACUCUGCCCAGGAUCCUACGUCUGAUGAUUAUGUGUGGAAUCGCCUGGCGGCCUCCCUGGACCCAGCCGUCCCGGAGGCGGUGCGCUGCCGGCUUCGACGCUCUAUGCCACCCACUCAGCCUUUUACCUACACUCACAAUGAUCUCACACAUGUCAACAUCAUGGUGCAGAAUGGCAAGCUCAGCGGUAUCAUCGAUUGGGAGGCCGCCGGAUACUAUCCUGUUUGGUGGGAGUAUACUCGUACAAUCGUGACUAGUGAAGGCUUGGAAGACAUGAAAUGGAAAGGUUUGUUGCGCCAGUACAUGCCCAAAACGCGCGAAGCCAAGUGCUGGUACUUGGACUGGUUUUGGCUUUGCCACGGUGUGGACAAUGAAAGAGCGAAGGAACUCAUACAGGAGGUUGAAGAGAACAGAUCCGAGGAGGGUGUCACCGAAAAGGAUGAGUCUGAGAUGGGUGAAGCGGAAGAGGAUGAGUCCGACAAGGAUGAUUCCACUGAGGAUGAGUCCAUGGAGCAUAAGUCGUGA